AUGGCUUCACAGCCUAGCCAAGCACAUGUCGGUCUGGGCUUCGACGUGCCCUACCGUACGAGGCCUGCGACGCAGGAAUACAAUCAUCAUUUAUCGCGAGGCUUGGGUGGUGAUGUCGCGCGAUACUCAACAGCCUCUGCUCAUCAGACGCCCGGCCAAAUCCACGGCAGCACCUCCCACCAGCCCAAUGGCGCCUCUCCCAGAAUCAUACCAGAAGCUGAAGACUACCUGUCCUCGCGACCGGCACCUCUCCACCGGACGAAGAGCGACCUAGGCCCGCGAGCAAGAGGAGGAAUGGCUAGCCCACCGUCAGAAGAUAAGCUGGCACACAUACGCCAUGGUUGGGAUGAUGAAUACACAUCGAACGAGUAUCUGUCUCUGCUGCAUUCGACCUUCUACAUGUAUUACACGGAGAAGAGGCACGAAAGCAAUGGCUCCCCGUCGGAAGAGUCCAAGCAAUAUCCUAGCGUCGAUUGGCGGAUGAAAGAUAGAAUGAAAACCGUCUCUGCGGCACUGGCUAUUUGCUUGAAUAUCGGCGUGGACCCUCCCGAUGUGAUAAAGACCAACCCUACGGCCAAACUCGAGGCCUGGGUCGACCCAACCGGGAGCAGCAGUGGCUCGACAAAGACUAUGGAACAGAUCGGGAAGCGACUACAAGAACAGUACGAAUCGCUGAGCUUGAGGACGAGAUAUAAGCAGUACCUGGAUCCCUCCAUCGAUGAGACCAAGAGGUUCUGUAUUUCUUUGCGGCGGAAUGCGAAGGACGAGCGAGUCUUGUUCCAUUACAACGGCCACGGUGUGCCUCUUCCCACGGCCUCUGGUGAGAUCUGGGUUUUCAACAAGAACUACACCCAGUACAUCCCAGUUGGCAUCUAUGACCUGCAGUCGUGGCUCGGUGGACCAAGCUUGUUCGUGUACGACGUCUCCCACGCCGGCAACAUCGUCGCCAACUUCGACACCUUCCUCGCUAAGCACGAGAAGGAGAACGAGGAAGCGAGAAAGAAGGACCCGAACGCUGCUCUGCAAAACUACGGAGACUGUAUCCAGCUUGCAGCCUGCGGGAAAGCUGAAAUGCUGCCUACGAACCCAGAUCUACCCGCUGAUCUAUUCACGUGCUGUCUGACAACUCCCAUCGACAUUGCGUUGAGAUGGUUUGUCCUACAGAAUCCACUUCCCAACGGCCAUUCUCUCGAGGAUGGCAAAAUCCCAGUACCGGGCCGUCUUCAGGAUAGGCGAAGUCCGUUGGGAGAGUUGAAUUGGAUUUUUACAGCCAUCACCGAUACUAUCGCGUGGAAUAUCCUCCCUCGACCGUUGUUUAAGAAACUCUUUCGACAGGAUCUGAUGGUAGCUGCACUCUUCCGCAAUUUCUUGCUCAGCGAGCGAAUAAUGAGGGCAAAUCAUUGCCAUCCAAUAUCAUCACCUCCUCUUCCAGAGACACAUCACCACCCGCUGUGGCAGAGCUGGGAUUUGGCCAUGGAAAUGGUUCUCUCACAGCUGCCUCUGCUUCGUGAAGCCGAAGAAGGCAAACGGGUGUACGAAUACCAGCACUCAACAUUCUUCUCAGAGCAGCUCACGGCGUUCGAGGUCUACCUCAGCUCGGGGCCGACGAAGGACCAUGCACCAGAUCAGUUGCCAAUAGUGCUGCAAGUGCUCUUGAGUCAAGUCCAUCGGCUUCGGGCUUUGAUUCUCUUGAGCAAAUUUCUUGACCUUGGACCAUGGGCUGUGCACCUCGCGUUGAGCAUUGGAAUCUUCCCUUAUGUGGUGAAGCUGCUCCAAGCUGCAUCGCUUGAGCUCAAGCCCGUCAUGGUCUUCAUCUGGGCUCGAAUCAUGGCCGUCGACUAUACUGUGCAGAGUGACUUGUUGAAGGACAACGGUAUCCACUAUUUCAUCUCGAUCAUGAAUCCACGCUCCGAUAUUCCGGUUGGGAAUGCUAGCGAGCAUCGGGCUAUGUGUGCAUUCAUCGUGGCCACUUUCUGCAAGAGAUACCCACCUGGACAAACAGUCUGCCUCCUGCCUGAGCUUUUUGAAGCUUGCCUGCUAAACAUGGCAGAGCCAGAGAACCCCUUACUGCGACAGUGGUCUUGCCUGUGUUUAAGCAUGCUGUGGAGUGAUUACGCGGACGCGAAAUGGAUGGGUAUUCGAUCCAUGGCUCAUGCAAGAUUGUGUGAGCUGUCUCUUGAUCCUGUUCCAGAAGUCAGGGCCUCGAUGCUUCACGCUCUCACAAAUUUCAUUGGCAUCCCUGACUUGACGGACCAAGUCUCCCAAAUUGAAGAAGGGGUCGCGUCCUCGGUUCUGUUCAUGACAUCAGACGGCAGCACACUGGUGCGGAAAGAGUUGGUCGUUUUCCUCUCCGCGUUUGUUAAACGCUAUGAGAAUAAAUUUCUUGUUGUCGCUUACGAAUCUCUGGUGGAAGAAAGAGACCGCCACCCGUACUGGGGCAAUGAUGCUUCUGCGGUCGAACCGAAUGCUAGUCUGAUGCCGAUUUCCGCAAAUAGCAUCUAUGGUUGCGUUUGGCUGCAGAUUUUGAUACUGUCUAUCGACCCGCAUCCAGAAAUCGCACGGAAUGCUGCCAUUGUGGUGGACUACAUCCACGACACUUUGAUCAAUCACUCGCCUUUAGCUCAAUUGGCUUUAAGAGUGAUUGACGACCUGCUCCGCGCCAACAAACGAGAAGAGACCCAGUUGAAGAAAGUACCAUCGAUGGCCUCUUUAAGACAGGUGGAGAGCCGUCCAGGAACUCCACCGCCGCAGAUGCAGAAACAGACGAGCUACCUUUCUCUGAGCUUGAAGCGGGCCGGAACGUCGCUGCGCAACCUCGCGUUCGGAGCUUCAGAACCAUCCACUCCUUCCAAGGAAAACAGCCCUCAAACAUCACCUAGUAAGACAAGAGACUCGGUGCAUCCUAUCAACACUCCUCGCGGUCGUUUACCACCUGAGUGGAGUCGCGCACCAGAGACCGCCGAUGCUCAUGGUGCUGUGGGUCCUUACCAGUCUGCUAUCUUGCCUACCUCCGCUGGUUUUGUCCCUCUAGAUGCAAAGCAGAAAGGCCGCUUGCCCCUGACAAGUACCCUUUUGGAAUGGUCAACGGAGUACUUCCGUGAACCACAAAUGCGACCUAACGACCCAGAUGAGCCAGGUUCAGCCGACUAUAAUUCACGUCUGUGGCGACGUAAUCGCAACGAGAAGAUUAUUGCGGACAGUCAACCUCUUAAGGGAGUAGCAGGAAGCAGUAAGUGGACGCGGUUGGAAGGUUUUCUAAACAAUCAAAACCAACCCAUGCGCCUCGCCUUCCACCAAUUCGACGAUCAUCUCGCCGUGACCGACGACAAAGACACAGUCACGAUCUGGGACUUCCAGCGCAAUGAACAAGUCAGUCGCUUCAGCAAUGGUAACCCGACCGGGAGCAGGAUCAACGACGCAAAGUUCCUCAACGAAGACGACCAACCGCUGUUGAUGGUGGGAAGCAGUGACGGCGUGCUCAAAGUCUACCGAAACUAUCACUCUUCGUCGGAGGUCAAGGUGAUAACGGCUUUUCGUGCCUUGACAGAGCUAAUACCGAGCAACAAGAACGCUGGACUCGUGUUUGACUGGCAGCAAGGCCAGGGCAAGGCAUUGGUUGCAGGCGACGUUAAGGUGAUCAAGGUCUGGAAUGCCGCAACGGAAUUAUGUGUUGGUGACAUUCCCGCCCGCAGCUCUAGCUGCGUAACCAGCCUGACGAGCGAUCAAGUCGCAGGGCAGAUCUUCAUCGCCGGUUUCGGUGACGGAGUGGUGCGGGUGUUUGAUCAGCGGCUGAACCCACGGACCGCCAUGGUCAAGAUCUGGAGAGAGCAUCAGCAAUGGAUCACGAACAUCCACAUGCAACGAGGCGGCGUGCGAGAAUUGAUCAGCGGCAGCCGCAACGGUGAAGUCAAGCUGUGGGAUUUGCGCAGUGACAAGGCUGUCCUCACCCUCGCUGCCACCAGCAACAAGGUUCAUGACGGACACCUUGCGGCGGCGACUACGGCAGCGGGCGGACCGGGCGGUGUCGUUGCCCACGGACCGUUGCUGAGAAGUCUUUCGGUGCACGAACACGCCCCUGUCUUUGCCGUCGGCACCGACAGGCAUGAGAUCCGCACGUACAACACCAACGGCGACGCGCUGGGCGUCUUUGAGCCUCUUCCUAGGAGGUUGGAGCGCGUCGUCGGCGGCAGUCUUGCGGGUCGCGGCACUCAGAGUCCCAUCGUGGCCACGGCCUACCAUCCGCAUCGGAUGUUGCUUGCUUGUGCAGCUCUGGGAGAUGGCCAUGUUAGUCUCAUGAGCUAUUGA